CCAGCAGCAGAAGAACUGUUUCAGUUCUCAGCAAAGGCUCGUGGAAACCUACAGGAUUGACGUCAAAAAGAUCAAACUACGUGAAAACAUCGAGCCGAAAGCGAAAAGACGAGUGGAUACGAGUGGGAGUGUUAGAAAACACCUCGCGACCAAGUGCCUUUCCUCUUCUUCAGCAACCCGUGGGAACUUUAUUUCCCAUGAAAACCAGACACAUCUGCUCGAUACACACUCAUACUGGACCGCAGGAGACACUUACAUAUCCAUAGAUUGUAUAACAGCCAGGAGACGCAGACGCACAGCAGUGGAUCUCUUUAAGGGUUCGACUUGUCACUUCAAAGAAUUGCAGGAAUAUCAUUCACCCACGAUCUACCAUUGGGUGAUACAUGCCAAGAUAUAUCACGGAUACGUCACCCAAAGAAACAAAAGUUUUUUUGUUUGAAGGAUGGACCUGCCAAACAAGGAGAGACCAUCACCGGAAAACGGGCCGAAAUCUGCGAGAGGAGGGAGACAAUGUUGCUCAAGUCUAAAGAAGUUCCUCAUGGCCUUGUCUUUUGCCUAUUUCGCCAAGGCAUUAUCCGGGAGCUAUAUGAAAAGCACAAUAACUCAGCUGGAAAGACGCUUCGACAUCCCCAGUUACUUAAUAGGUGUCAUUGAUGGCAGCUUUGAAAUAGGUAACUUGUUGGUGAUCGCCUUUGUGAGUUACUUUGGUGCCAAACUUCACCGUCCGAAGAUCAUUGCCAUUGGCUGCCUGCUGAUGUCAAUAGGAACUUUUCUAAUCGCCUUGCCCCAUUUCCUUAUUGGACGAUACAAGUUUGAAACAUCAAUUAGAUCAUCAGUGAACUCGAGCAGUUAUCUGUCUCCAUGUCCUGCCGGCGAUCUGUCCACAGGUCCCAGCACCUCUUCAAUACCCAACCCAGGUUGCGAACACGAGUCCAGGUUAUCCAUGUGGAUAUAUGUUUUUCUGGGGAAUAUCUUACGUGGAAUUGGUGAGACCCCAGUGCAACCUCUGGGAAUUUCGUACAUCGAUGACUACGCUCUGGAAGAAAAUGCAGCUUUCUACAUCGGAUGUGUCCAGACGAUAUCGGUCAUUGGUCCGGUGUUUGGGUAUCUACUGGGGUCUGUAUGUGCCAAGAUAUAUGUCGACAUUGGAUUUGUCAACAUGGAGAGCAUUAGCAUCACUCCAGGAGAUGCACGCUGGGUAGGCGCCUGGUGGUUGGGAUAUCUUAUCGCAGGACUCAUCACCCUCUUCUCAGCCGUGCCGUUCUGGUUCCUACCCAAAUCUUUACCCAUGCCAGAGAGACCGCUUCCCAAGUAUUCUCCUGAGAGGACCAGCUUCAUCAAAAACUCAAAACUGAUGGAGCACAAGUACCAGGCAGAUGAACCCACAAACUUCCUGGAAAUGGCCAAAGACUUUCUGCCAACGCUGAGAUCCCUGUUGGGGAACCCGGUUUAUUUUUUAUAUCUGUGUGUCACUAUCAUCCAGUUCAACUCUUUGAUCGGCAUGGUGACAUACAAGCCAAAAUACAUAGAGCAGCACUACGCACAGUCAGCAUCUAAAGCGAAUUUCCUCAUGGGAGCGAUUAAUAUCCCAGCUGUAGCAUUGGGAAUGUUCUCAGGUGGAGUGAUCAUGAAGAAGUUCAAGCUGAGCAUCAUGGGAGCGGCCAAGUUUGCACUGGGAACGUCUCUCUUGGGUUAUUUCCUGUCGCUUUUCUUUUUCGCUAUGGGGUGUGAGAAUGCCAGUGUGGCCGGAAUCACCGUGUCAUACAACGGGACAGACCGUCUUUACAAAGAAGAUGCUUCUCUGUUUGCACGCUGUAAUGCUAACUGUCAGUGUCCUGAAACACAUUGGGACCCUGUGUGUGGUGAGAACGGCCUUACGUACGUCUCGCCCUGUUUGGCUGGAUGCCGGGCGUCCCGCGGAUCUGGAAUGGACACGGUGUUUCAGCAGUGCAGUUGUAUAACAGUCGGGAAUCAAACAGCCAGCGCCGGUCAAUGUAAUAACAGAGAUAGCUGCCAGCGAGUCUUCCCAUACUUCCUGGCCCUGUCCGUCAUCACUUCCUUUAUCAUCUCACUGGGCGGAACGCCAGGAUACAUGCUGCUCAUCAGAUGCAUCAAGCCCCAGCUGAAGUCUUUAGCUUUAGGUUUUCACACAUUGGCAACAAGAACUCUGGCUGGAAUUCCAGCACCUAUAUACUUUGGAGCCCUCAUAGACACCACCUGUCUGAAAUGGGGUCACAAGAAAUGUGGAGGUAGAGGAGCCUGUCGAAUCUACAACACUACGGCCUACAGGAUAGCAUAUCUGGGUCUGACGUUUGGGUUACGGACCGCUUCCUUCUUUCUCUGUGUGUUGGGUCUGGUGGUGUUGCAACGACACGUUCAGAAGCAAGAGCGCAGCACGCUCACAAACGGAGGAACAGUCGCUGUGGCCGGUGAAUUGCAGGCUCUUAGGAAAGACGAAAGCAACGGAUCGAACUCGGACCCCCAAACGUUAGAUUACGACCCAGAACGGGAAACACGUCUGUAAUGUAGCACACACAUGCACUAAAUGCACACGUAUGCCCGUGCAGGGAGCAACAGGGUUGUCAGCCAGCGUCUGUCCGACUAGUGACUUUCAUCUUUCUACCAUGUAAAUGUUGUGAAAUCUGUUGUUUUGAUAUAGUAGAUUUAUUUCUUGAAUGUACACGUUUUUCAAAAAAAAAAGAAAAGAAUGUCUUUAAAACUAACUAACUUGUUUGGUUAAGAUACAAAAGUAUCAUAACUACAGACAACAUCGCUGGAUUUGCUGUCGUGAUGAGUACAGGCCCUGAGAAUGACAGGAUUAUACAUCAGUCGUACUUUCUCUAAUGCCAUACACACUGAUAGAUGCCUGAAGCAGUUGACCAAGACACUGUGUGCUUAUUAUAGCGAGGCCUUGCCGCACGAGCUGCAGGUUGACUUUGUUGGGGGAAAAUCCUCAAAAUGAAUUCCUUUCUAAGCAUAGUCGGCAUCGUUCGCUCAACAUUGAUUGAGAAACGGCCCUUCUCCAUUUCACCUGACAGUUCUUCUCUCACUUAAGGAAAAUUUUGAGAAACGGUCGAGCGGUACUGUGGGUUCUGGUGUGGUGUGUGACGUCAUGGAUGUGUAAGUAAUUGUCUUCAUGAUUGAUGUUGUACAAUAUGUGUGUAUAUCACUGUGAGACACUGUGUGUUGUGUGUGCGAUCGGGUGCAUUCCUGUGCCAAAAAGUGCAAGAAAGAAAAGUCAACGUGGUCUAUUCUCAGGUUGUUAAUUAAUUGUUCCUGAAAUUUGCAAAUAAUUAUUCUUUUAUAUAUUUGUAUAAAAUCAUUGUAUGGUAUUGGCUGGUGGAAACGUUCCUUUUUCUUUGGCACUAAAGGUCGGCUUUACUGGUAAAUUUUACCAGAAACAACCAAGGAAAGGGGUUUUUUUGUGACUUGUAAAGCGAACUGAAAAAGUGGCAUUUAUUACUUGCUUUUACAUCAGACAGUACAUCAUUUUAUUUGUUGAUGUUUUUGUAUACUUACCGUAAGUAACUAUAUCCGGAUGUGUAAAGAAAUGCAUUUAAGUGAAAGAUUAGAUACGUUCUUAUAAAAAUAAAAUAAUUUACUACAAACGCUUAGUAUGUUAAGAAAAAUCCACAAUUCAAUGGCAGCAGUAUAAUUUUAAUUGUGACGAACGUUGUAAAUACAAUCAUAAACAACUCGCCAUUCAUAUUGAGGUACCCAUAAAAUAACCCUCACAUUUUAUUUUCGGGCAAUGUUACAAUAUACAGAAAAGACAAACAUUCCCCUAUUUGUUUUAAGACACAUUUCAAAGUAAACAUUAUCAACUUAUUAGACAACUUAUGAGUCUUAAACUAACAUAAAGUUGCAUAGCAAUGACAAUAAACAGUAAAUCUGCCAUCUCUUCUUAAGUGCGGCUCAGUUCAGACUAUCAGAGGGUUUUUCGUGUCGUCUGAUAGACAGAUGAAGAAGAGGAAGAGGGUGUGGAAGAGUCUUAAAUAGAUCAGAAUAUUGAAACGCUGCAGACAGCAUUGUUCUGAUAAACAACAACACAGUGGGUUUUCGACUUAUUCUUAACGUACAAAAAUAAAUCCUGCAUUUCCACAGACAGAUAAACAUUAUAUCUGCCCUACAUGUCGAGUCUUAAUCUUUUUGUAAGUCAAAUUUGAAUCGCUUGUCAUGUGUUUUUGUUUCUUGUCAAUGACUUGGCAUUUUAAUGAGUGAAAUAUCCAGUCCUAACCGUCCACAUAACACCCCAAAAACGAAGAAAAAAAAGGAUCACUGUGAUUUUUUUUCACGACAACCACAUUAAGCAAUGUUUGUUAUGGGAAAAACAAUGCAAAAAUUCUGAAUAUUUCUAAACGUCAUAUUUUUUUGUUUUGUGUUUGUUUGGGGGUAAAAUCUGAUACAGGCAUGUUUCUUUGACGGUGUUCAUAAGAUUCAUACAACAAUGUUGUCCUCAGGUGGAAGUUCAUGGAUCAAUAGCACAGAGAUAGAGCUACCUCAAAUGAUCUUACACAGAAAGAAACUGUCAUGUGUUUAAUAAAUCUCACUGUAUUGGACAGUUCUGGUGUCAGAAUUUGUUUACAACAGUAUUUGAACUCAGGUGUCAUCCAUCUACCUCUGCAGUAUAACUUACUGUCGUACAGCUCAAAAGAGUCUCAAUGUGAUGUGUUUAUCUUCAGUAUUACCUAUUGUUUAUCUGUUUUCUCAAUUAAAAUGGCUCAAAUGACUGAUGUAGCUUGUAUGUGAUCUUAAAUUCCUUAUGCAACCAAAUGGAUUACAUAAGAACAGUUAUAAAACGGUUAGUUCCAAUCCUUGAUUCUGAUUGGUCAAUAGGUGUGCUUUAUUCAUGAUAAAACACGGCUAUGACCGCUUUACCCAGGGGACGGUUCUGUUGAUCACUGCGCUCUUAGCAACCACACGUAUUGGUUUGUUGUUUUUAUUUGAGCUUUCAUGCAUUUUACACAUUGGAACACAUUUUUGUUCAUGGUCAGGGACUAUUUUUUUUCUAGCGGAAGGAAUGCUUUUUAUUGAUUUAACUUCAUGAAAGUUGGACUAAUAUUUUUAUAUUUAAUUAUAUAUAAUUAUAUUUUUUUACUUUAAUAUUGUAGUAACAAUGUGCCACUAACAAUGCCCUUCAGCCGUUACUUAUUCACGAUA